UUCCCCGAGUAUUGUAAAAAUGUCGAAGCAUUUAGCAACUAGUGUCAAGGUUAGCAAGCCAGUGCCGAAAAGGAAGAUGAUUCAACCGUGCAGUGAGAUUUCUAUUCAAAUGCAUUGUGCCAUAGCUUUCGUAAUAAGGCUUGUUUUAAUAAUGUACUCAAAUUAUCACGACAAGUACUUCAAUGUACCAUACACUGACAUAGAUUAUAAAGUCUACACCGAUGCAGCUCGAUACAUAACCAAAGGAAAAUCUCCAUUCGAACGUCAUACUUAUAGAUACACACCCCUGCUGGCCAUGUUAAUGAUGCCCAAUGUUUAUGUGCAUCAAGAUUUCGGCAAGGUCUUCUUCUCGGUGAUCGACAUCCUGGUUGCAAAAUUAAUGAGAAAGAUUCUUAUCUGCCAAAACUUCAAACAACAAACAGCCAACCUGUGCGCACUUUUGUGGCUGUACAAUCCACUGGCGGUUGUUAUAUCGACAAGAGGAAAUGCAGAUUCAUUGGCUGUAUAUCUAGUCCUGUGGACUUUGUACUUGUUACAAAAUGAUCAUAUUAUCAUGGCAGGCAUAGUGCACGGUUUAUCUAUACAUUUUAGAUUGUACCCAUUAGCUUUUAGUCUAGCUAUGUACCUUUACCUCCAAGAGGGCAACAUAAUCUUACCAAAUAAGAGACAGCUCAAGUUAGUGGUACCAUGCAUAUUGUCUCUAAUCGACUUGACGGCAUUAAGUUACGUUUAUUGCGGUAAGAAAUUUUUAGACGAGAGUAUAAUCUAUCAUAUAAUUAGAAAAGAUGUCAGGCACAAUUUUUCUGUUUUUUUCUACAUGCUGUAUCUCACAGCCAACGAGGGGCUUAAUCUGACUCAAAAAUUUUUCACAUUCUUACCCCAAGUUUCAAUUUUAGUAGCUCUAGCUUGUCGCUACUCGACCAAAGAAAAAUUACCCUUUGCUUUGUUCACCCAAGCCAUUACAAUGGUUACUUUCAAUCCUGUUAUGACGUCGCAAUACUUUUUCUGGUUUCUUUCUUUGCUGCCAAUUUGUAUACCAUACUUGAAAAUGAGUUUAACAAGAAUCUUUACUCUGUUAUUCAUCUGGAUAUCCAGUCAAUCUUUGUGGUUAUUUGCUGCUUACUUGCUCGAGUUUAAAGGAAUCGAUUCAUUUGAGUACAUUUGGAUUGCAAGUAUAAUUUUUUUUGCCGUGAAUAUAAAGAUUCUUGUUGAUCUGAUCAACUGUUAUAAAUUAUAAUGCAUGGCCUCAGUGUGAUUUUUGGGAUCGACGUUAUUUUGUAACCAUCAACUGUCAUGUAUUCUUUGAAAAUCUAAUGCAAAUAAAAUUUUUUAGUUUUCAAAAUACA